CUCAGAGUCAGAAGCUACUCACUGUAAAGUUCAUUAUAGGCAACCAAACUUUUAAAGAACCGCACCUACCGGAUACACUCAAGAAGAGGAAAGGACCAGCUGAUAUAGUCUUAAAAGUUUUUUUUUGUUUGUUUGUCUGCGUGUUUUUUUCUUUCUAAACAAGCAAACCGGAACAAAGGACUCGCCGCUUCAAAUAUUACUUUGUAACUUUGGCCAGAAGCCUUUUUUCACAACAGUCCAAACUUCUUUUGUCGGGCCUUACACUCUUUAUGUAUUUGGAUUUAAUACUUCUAUCCCGCCGUCCUACUAUGGUCAUAAUGGAGGUCCCCACCAUCGACUGUGCGUCCCUGCGUGGCUUGAUGGAGGGCGACGUUCCGGGCUGCCUGCUUCUGGACUGCCGCUCCUUCCUGUCCUUCAACUCGUCCCACAUAUCGGGCUCCACCAACGUGCGCUUCAGCACUAUAGUGCGCAGGAGAGCGAGGGGGGGUCUGGGACUUGAGCACAUUGUCCCCAACGAGGACACCAGGAAUAGGCUGCUGUCCGGAGAGUACCAGUCCGUGGUGCUGCUUGACGAUCGCAGUUUGGACUUAAGCCAGGCGAAGAAAGACGGAACGUUGAUGCUUGCUGUUACGGCCCUGUGUCGCGACCCCUGUGGAGCCAGUGUUUUUAUUCUUAAAGGUGGAUUUGACACAUUUUCCACUGAGUAUCCAGAGAUGUGCACCAAACCUUCCCCUCCACAAGGGCUCAGUUUGCCCCUGAGCUCCAGCCAUCCCGGUAGUGCAGACCCAAGCUGCAGUCCAUGCAAUACACCCUUAUAUGAUCAGGGGGGUCCUGUGGAGAUCUUGCCUUUCCUGUACCUUGGCAGUGCUUACCAUGCCUCCAGAAAAGACAUGCUGGACAUGCUGGGGAUCACCGCUUUAAUCAACGUCUCUGCCAACUGCCCCAACCACUUUGAGGACUCCUUCCUCUACAAGAGCAUCCCUGUUGAGGACAACCACAAAGCCGAUAUCAGCUCCUGGUUCAACGAGGCGAUUGAGUUUAUCGACUCGGUGAGAAAUAAAGGAGGCCGCGUAUUUGUGCACUGUCAAGCAGGCAUCUCCCGCUCCGCCACCAUCUGCCUUGCCUACCUCAUGCGGACCAACCGUGUGAAGCUGGAUGAGGCCUUUGAGUUUGUCAAACAGCGCCGCAGCAUCAUCUCCCCCAACUUCAGCUUCAUGGGUCAGCUCCUCCAGUUUGAGUCCCAGGUCCUGGCCUCGUCUACAUGCUCCUCAGAGGCAGGCAGUCCAGCUAUUGGCAGCAGCAGCACGGUCUUCAAUUUCCCCGUCUCUAUCCCUGUACACACCUCAGCUGGUCAGCUGUCAUUCCUCCACAGUCCUAUCACCACGUCUCCCAGCUGCUGAGGAAAGUGUGGGCAAUACAGAUUUUGUUUGGACUUGAACUGCACCUGGCCAGUGACUCUACACAGAGCACUGCACAAAACACAGUCCUGAUUAUGAUCCGUUUAUUGGUGAUACUGGUAUCACUAGAUAGACUGGGAGCUAUUCUUUGGGGUCAGUACAUUUGACUCUGAUCCGCUGGCCAAAUGUCUGUUGGUCAGCCUCAUCAUUUCAAGGGGAGAUUUGCUAACUACCGAUAGGCAGUAUUGAUGUUUAACAUCCUAAAUGUGAAAGUUAUCCACAGUAUCCGAUCCUGGAUGACUUGGGAAAUGGCUGAAAAUAGUUGAGGUUAUUCCUUUAGAGGAAAUUAUAAGUAUCUGAAUAUUCCUUAUUCAAAGGACUUUUAUGAAGGCAACUGCUUUUGAUAAUCACAAUCAUUUUUUUUUUUAAACUAAACAAAAUGGAGAGGGCUGACAGUUGUCUCAGGAAUGUUGAUAUAUCCUCUCAAGUGUCUAGUUUGCUUUCUGUACUGGUUAAAGAGAGCAGUAUUAACCUGUUGUGCAAAAUGGCAUGGAAGUUACUCCUUCAUUUGACGAACAAUGAAUGUAUACCCCUCUUUUCAUGUGGAUGUGGCAGAAAUCUUCAUGUUCAGUUUGAGAGUUCAGUGGGGUUGCCAAUUCAAACGCAAACACCUGCCUUUCAUGACAUCAUGAAACCAUGACGAUCCUGACACAUUGGGGAAACCGACCAUUAAAUACCUCAUGUUUCUGUACUGUGUACUGCAGCGCUGAGGCAGACAGAACCCCAAAAACUACUAAAAUGGGGCCACGUAGUCUUCAGUGACUGCAUUCUGACAUAUUUAUUGAACUAAAGUAAUAUAUUUCUUUAUCAUAUCUAUUUUUGCAUAUGUUUGUUUAAAUUGUUGUUUUUAUACCAUUGAAUAAAUCUCAUUUGAAUUUUGUAUUCA